AUGUCUGAAGUCCCCGAGCAAGCAACUAAACCAAGUGGUAAUUGGUCUCAAUUAUUAUUAAAUAAAGUUGUUUUCGUCACUGGUGCUGGUGGAGCUAUAGGUUCAUCAAUUGCACAAACAUGUGCAGCACACGGUGCGCGUGUUAUUAUUGCUGAUGUUAAUAAAAAUGCAGCUGAUCAAACUCUAACAAAAAUUAUUACUGAAGAUCCAAAUAAGAAAGAUAAUGUCAUAAGUAUUGAACUUGAUGUAACUAAUGAAGAUUCAAUUCAACAAGCAGUCAAUCAUGUUGUUGAUAAAUGGAAUACAAUUGAUAUUCUUAUUAAUAAUGCUGCUAUUUUUACAUUUGGCGCAGUUGAAGAUGUUACUGCAGAUGCAUGGACACGAGUAUUAGAUGUAAAUGUUCGUGGUUAUGCCUUGAUGGCUAAAGCUGUUGUUCCUUUAUUGAAAAAACAAAGAUCAGGUUCAAUUAUUCAAAUGGCUAGUAUUAGUAGUUGGAUUGGUCAAGCUGAGUUUGUACCAUAUAAUACAACGAAAGGUGCUGUUUUACAAAUGACACGUAAUUUAGCACUUGAUCUAGGUCCAUUUAAUAUUCGAUGUAAUGCUGUAUGCCCUGGUGCAACACUUACACCAGCUUCAUCAAAUCAUGCAGCACAUUUAAAUAUAACAUUAGAUCAACUUGUUGAAGAACAAGUACAAAAACAAUGUUUAAAAAAAUGGGCAUCAACACAAGAAAUAGCUAAUUUUACUGUAUUUUUAGCAUCGGAUUUAUGUCAUUUUGCAACAGGUGCUAGUUUUCUAGUAGAUGGAGGUUAUACAACUAUAUAG